AGAGUCAGAGUGGUAGCACUGGUAAUAAUUAAUAAAACAGAGCACAAUCCCUUUGUUCUCGUCAAUCCGAAACAUUAAAGAUGCAAUACCUUGUUGCAUCUGGUUCCUCUUCUUAUCUUUUAGGUUAUAAUAUUAAUCGUACAAUCCACUCCCGUAAUUAUCCUCUCCGUAGAGUGUGCACUGCAACAAGAACAGGUCGCCAUCUUAUUAAGGGUAGGUGUGAGUGUGCUCUUAAACGUGAGAGCCAAACAUGGCCUUCGCCUUCGGUGGCAGUUGCUCUAUUUGGUACAGGCUUCUUCCUUGGUCCCCUUCUCGAUGGUCUUCACUCAAGGGUCAAUCUUGUUGUGUACCAAGCAGGCUCCAUUAAUAUAGGUCCACUACACACUAAUAUCUGGGUUCCUUUCUUACUGGGGACUUUUUACUGCACCGUUGGUUUGAUUCAACUCUACAUAGACGAGAAGGUGUUGAACAAGGUUCAAGAGGGAAGCUUGCCUAAGACAAUUACCUCAUUCAUAUUUCUGGCGCUGUUUAUAGAACUGAGUGCUGAAGUUUACAAAGCUGGAGUAGCUGACAACAUUGAAGCCUACAUAUUAUUUGCUGCUGCAGAGUUCAUAUGGUUUUUUAUGAUGAAUCUAGAGAAAUUUUUAGUUGUUCUUGUAGAGAAAUAUCUCUUGUUGCUCUUCAACCUUUGGUACUACCCUCAAGCCAAUAUUGAAAUCUUUGGCCAGGGACUAGUUACUUGGACACUAACUUGCUACUUUGUGUAUACGCCAUUCUUAAUCAAUUUGUCACGGUGGCUGAGAACAGUUUAUGCUACUCAAACAGAGGACUUUACCUCAAACAUGUGAUGCAUGUGGUUCAGUUGUCUAUUAUAUUGUACUAUACUAAUACUAAUUACUUACUCCCUCAGUCUACUAAUACAGCUCACUUUGUAUCUAAAAUUUUGUCCUUAGUAUAUAUACAAAGAAUAAUGCUACACAUUUAAGUAUUUUUGUUAA